AUGCUCGGACUGAAUCGAAAUACUGAUAAUGAUGACGAUGGUGCAUUGUGGGAGGUAUUGGCGGAACCAACCGCGACAACGACGACGACCUUGAAAGCCGCUGUACUGGUCGGCGGUGCACAGAAAGGAACACGUUUUCGGCCCCUUUCGCUGCAGCUUCCAAAACCACUGUUCCCAGUUGCUGGAGUUCCACUCGUCGAACAUCACAUUGAACAGCUUUCUAAGGUAUAUUCUAUUCUUUUUCUUGAGUUUUUGUCGAAAACAUUUAGCGCUGCAUUUGAAAAUGCGGGUUUUCGUGGAAUGACUUUGCUAGCAGUACGUACUUGCACUGCACAACAGGAUCAUUUGUGUUUGUAAGG